AUGAAUUGGCAUGUUAAUUUAGUCUUUUUAUUAUUAUCUACUUCUUUUGUUUAUGUUUCCACUGAAACUAAUCGUCCUAGAGGAGUAUCUUUAAAAGAUGGACCUUUAUAUGAUGAAAAUAAUGAAACAUUCCAAUGUCUUGAUGGAUCUAAAAAUAUUCCAUUUGAGGCUGUCAAUGAUGACUAUUGUGAUUGUAAAGAUGGAAGUGAUGAACCUGGUACCUCUGCUUGUCCAAAUGGCAAAUUUUAUUGUAUAAAUACUGGAUAUGUUCCAAGAACAAUUCCAUCAUCAAUUGUUAAUGACGGAAUUUGUGAUUGUUGUGAUGGUAGUGAUGAAUGGGAAUCAGAUAUCUCUUGUCCAAACGUUUGUAAUUCAUUAGGUGCUGAAGCUAGAGAGAAGGCAAAUAAAAAAAUGGCAAUUAUUAAAGAAGGUUGGGAAAAAAGAAAAGAAUUAGUCGUUGAAGGUGAGAAAAUAUUUGCUGAAAAGAGUGAAACAAUUUUAAAAAUUAAAGAGGAGGUUGAAAAAUUAAAACAAGAAAAAGAAAAAUUAGAGAGUGAAUUAAAACCAUUUGAAGAAAAAGAAAAGGAAUUAAAGGAUGCCGCUGACAAAGCAUGGAAUGAAGUUGUUAAGGCAAAAAAAAUGGCUAAAGCUAAAGAUCUUUUUAUGCAAUAUGACAUAGAUAAAGAUGGAAAGAUUACUCUUGAAGAAGCUAAAAAGAUUCCUCAUGUUGAUACUGAUAACAAUAAUGAAAUAACAGAUGAAGAAGCUAAGUCUUUUUUGAAUAAUAAUGAUGAUGUUGAUUUAGAAACAUUCGCAGGUGAAAUGUUUGAUGUUAUCAAACAAAAAAUAAAGGCUGCUGAACAAAAAAUUGAAAAUGAUGUUAAAGAAAAGGAAGAAAAAGAAGAAAAGGAAAAAGAAAACGUUAGUGAAGAAGAUAAUGAAAAAGAGAUGGAGUCAGAUGAAAAUAAGGAUGAAGACUCUGAGCAUAAAUCUGAAACAGUAGAUGAUGGAAUUGGUGAGAAGCCUGAGUAUAAUGAAGAAACGAAGGCUGCAAUAGAAGAAGCUGAAAAAUAUCGUCAAAAGAUAAGUGAUAUUUCUGAUAAAAUAUAUACGGAAGAAGAAAAUGUCCACAAUGCUGAAAAAUUCCUUGAAAUAAACUUUGGAGAAGACAAAGCAUGGGCCUCAUUAUACAAAAAAUGCUUUGAAACUACUCAGAAACAAUAUACUUAUAAAGUAUGUUUAUUUGAAAGAGCAACCCAAAAAGACUCAAAUGGAUAUGGAGAGACAUCACUUGGAAACUGGGAUAACUGGUUAGAACAAGAUGUGACCCCAUUUAAAAUUCAAAAUUAUAAUAAUGGACAAUCUUGCUGGAAUGGACCAAACAGAAGCACCAAAGUUGUUGUUGAAUGUGGUCAAGAGACAGAAUUAAUUGAAGCCACAGAACCAAAUAAAUGUGAAUAUCUUUUUACAUUGAUAUCACCAAUUGGAUGUCCAGAUCCAUCAACUGUCAAUCUCCACGAUGAAUUGUAA